ACCCUCAUUCUCUUCUUCUCCCUCUGGCAAGCGCGCUGCUGGGAGGCACCCCCAGGUAGAAACUGCGUCUAAAUCCUCUAUUGCCUCUUCCUCAGGAAAACCUAUUGCUCUAAGGUCAUAGUCACCUGUUUAAGCUGGUCAGAAGCCAGCCAGUUUUCUGAUAGAACUUUAAACUUUGAAGAGACCGUGGCCAUUUUUUUUUUCCCUCAGAUGACAGAAUCACUUCAACUUCCGCUUUGUAAUCGCUUCCUUUCCUUGAAGGUAGCCGAAUCUCGUUUUCUUUAAAACGUCUUCCUUACAAAGUUGCCUGCCAUGCCAACUGUUAUUAGCCCAACUGUGGCCCCAAGGACAAGGGCUGAGCCCAGGUCCCCGGGGCCAGUUCCUCACCCAGCUCAAGGCAAGACCACGGAGGCUGGAGGUGGACACCCAAGCGGCAUCUAUUCAGCCAUCAUCAGCCGCAAUUUUCCAAUCAUUGGUGUGAAAGAGAAGACAUUUGAGCAGCUCCACAAGAAAUGCCUGGAGAAGAAAGUUCUUUAUCUGGAUCCCGAGUUCCCACCGGAUGAGACCUCUCUCUUUUACAGUCAGAAGUUCCCCAUCCAGUUCGUGUGGAAGAGACCUCCGGAAAUUUGUGAGAAUCCCCGGUUUAUCAUUGGUGGAGCCAACAGGACUGACAUCUGUCAAGGAGAUCUAGGGGACUGCUGGUUUCUUGCAGCCAUCGCCUGCCUGACCCUGAAUGAGCGGCUGCUUUUCCGAGUUAUACCCCAUGAUCAAAGUUUCACUGAAAACUACGCGGGGAUCUUCCACUUCCAGUUCUGGCGCUAUGGAGACUGGGUGGAUGUGGUUAUCGAUGACUGUCUGCCAACUUACAACAAUCAGCUGGUUUUCACCAAAUCGAACCACCGCAAUGAGUUCUGGAGUGCUCUACUGGAGAAGGCUUAUGCCAAGCUCCACGGUUCCUAUGAAGCUCUGAAAGGCGGGAACACCACAGAAGCCAUGGAGGACUUCACAGGGGGCGUGACAGAGUUCUUUGAGAUCAAGGAUGCUCCAAGUGACAUGUACAAGAUCAUGAGGAAAGCUAUCGAGAGAGGCUCCCUCAUGGGCUGCUCCAUCGAUGAUGGCACGAACAUGACUUACGGAACCUCUCCUUCUGGUCUGAACAUGGGGGAGUUGAUUGCGCGGAUGGUGAGAAAUAUGGAUAACUCGCUGCUCAGAGACUCAGACCUGGACCCCAGGGGCUCAGAUGACAGACCGUCACGGACAAUUGUUCCGGUGCAGUAUGAAACAAGAAUGGCCUGUGGGCUGGUGAAAGGGCAUGCCUAUUCAGUCACGGGGCUGGAGGAGGCCCUGUUCAAAGGUGAGAAGGUGAAGCUGGUGCGGCUGCGGAACCCCUGGGGCCAAGUGGAGUGGAACGGCUCUUGGAGUGACGGUUGGAAGGACUGGAGCUUUGUGGACAAAGAUGAGAAGGCCCGUCUACAGCACCAGGUUACCGAGGAUGGAGAGUUCUGGAUGUCGUAUGAUGACUUUGUCUACCACUUCACGAAGCUGGAGAUCUGCAACCUCACAGCUGACGCCCUGGAGUCCGACAAGCUUCAGACCUGGACAGUGUCUGUGAACGAGGGCCGCUGGGUGAGAGGCUGUUCUGCUGGAGGCUGCCGGAACUUCCCAGACACUUUCUGGACCAACCCCCAGUACCGUCUCAAGCUUCUGGAGGAGGAUGAUGACCCUGACGACUCUGAGGUGAUCUGCAGCUUCCUCGUGGCUCUGAUGCAGAAGAAUCGGCGCAAGGACCGGAAGCUGGGGGCCAACCUCUUCACCAUUGGCUUCGCCAUCUACGAGGUUCCCAAAGAGAUGCACGGGAAUAAGCAACACCUGCAGAAGGACUUCUUCUUGUACAAUGCCUCCAAGGCCAGAAGCAAAACCUACAUCAACAUGCGAGAGGUGUCCCAGCGUUUCCGCCUGCCACCCAGCGAGUAUGUCAUCGUACCCUCCACCUACGAGCCCCACCAGGAGGGGGAGUUCAUCCUCCGGGUCUUCUCUGAAAAGAGGAAUCUCUCUGAAGAAGCUGAAAAUACAAUCUCCGUGGAUCGGCCAGUGAAAAAGAAAAAAAACAAGCCCAUCAUCUUCGUUUCAGACAGAGCAAACAGCAACAAGGAGCUGGGUGUGGACCAGGAGGCAGAGGAGGGCAAAGACAAAACAGGGCCCGAUAAACGAGGGGAAGCCCCACAGCCACGGCCUGGCCACACAGACCAGGAGAGUGAGGAGCAGCAGCAAUUCCGGAACAUCUUCAGGCAGAUCGCAGGCGACGACAUGGAGAUCUGCGCAGAUGAACUCAAGAAUGUCCUUAACACAGUGGUGAACAAACACAAGGACCUGAAGACACAAGGAUUCACGCUGGAGUCCUGCAGGAGCAUGAUAGCUCUCAUGGAUACAGAUGGCUCUGGGAGACUGAAUCUUCAAGAGUUCCAUCACCUCUGGAAAAAGAUCAAAGCCUGGCAGAAAAUCUUCAAGCACUAUGACACAGACCAUUCCGGUACCAUCAACAGCUACGAGAUGCGAAAUGCAGUCAAUGAUGCAGGCUUCCAUCUCAAUAGCCAACUCUAUGACAUCAUCACCAUGCGCUACGCAGAUAAACACAUGAACAUCGACUUUGACAGCUUCAUCUGCUGCUUCGUCAGGCUGGAAGGGAUGUUCAGAGCUUUUAACGCAUUUGACAAGGAUGGAGAUGGCAUCAUCAAACUGAAUGUACUUGAGUGGCUGCAGCUUACCAUGUAUGCCUGAACCAGACUGAGUUGUUAAGAUCAACCAGGAUUCCAUCUCAACACAACACAGCUAGAACCACAAAGGACCCAGCAGGUGCACCUCCCCCAAACCUAGGGGGCGUGUUGCUUCUCCACCUUGCCCCAGGCCUUGGUGCACAGCCUGAUGCCACCUGAAGUGUCUGGCUUGCUGGGAGGUCUGCAGAUUCUGAAACUGUCUACUUAGCUUGUACUGGCACCUGUAGAUGGCUCUCAUUCACCGAGCCCGGUCACCACCUGCACUCAGUUCUGCCAGUUUUAGGGUGGGUCUACUCUGGGGUCAACAGAGCCUGGAUAUCUGACAAAAAUGUAGCUACAUUCUGAAAGAAGCUAUCUAAAUAAAGGCACGCGCAUGGCUGGUUCCACCAUUCUCCUUAUUAGCAUUUCCCAGCCACAGCAUGACUGA